CAUCCUACGUAGUCGAACUCGAUAAUUCUGAUUUGCCCCAAGAUAUUUCAUCAGUCCUUUACCUGACGGGAAUCUUCAGCCCAGUUCCUAGAAUGUUUAGUAUAGAGAAAGGAGUUCCAUACGCUGCGUCUCAGGUGGUGGUGCCCAUGGUCAACCCUGAAAACUUCAGGGUUCCUUUUGAUGUCCUAUAUAAGGUAAAUAAUUUGAUUCAGUUCAACAAACUGUGUGGGCCAACUCUGGAUGAGCGGUUUUUUAAGCUGAUAAGUACAGGUAAUCAGUCUGCUGUGAAGUUGGCAUUACAAGCUAUGUCUACCCUCAACGAGGUUUGCUACGAUCCAGUAAGGCUUCUGAAAGCAAAAGUGGACGAGAUCAAGAAAGUGGCACCACCUGCAAACAAGCUCGAGAAGGGGAAGGCAUGGAUACAUCGCCUUCUUGUGACUCCCACCAAAGUCUACUGCCUGGGACCGGAGGUGGAACAAUCAAAUCGUAUCAUUAGGCAACAUCAAGAUUAUACUAGUCAUUUCCUGCGAGUCAAUUUUGUUGAUGAGAACUGCAGUCCUCUCACAAGCACCGUACUCACAUCAGAUAUGCACAGUGGUCAUUCCGAUGUAUACAGGAGGGUCAAAGAAGUACUAAAAGAGGGCAUCUUCAUAGGAAGCAGAAAAUAUGAAUUUUUGGCAUUUUCCGCUAGUCAGCUGCGAGACAGCCAGAUAUGGAUGUUCGCUGAGAAGCUUGCAUCGACAGGAACUGAAAAGCCUGCUGUUACUGCAGAUUCUAUAAGAACUCAGAUGGGAGAUUUUUCUCAGAUUCGCAACGUAGCCAAAUGUGCAGCACGUAUGGGUCAGUGCUUCUCUUCUUCCAUUGAGACGAGGAAAGUGCUUCCGCUUCAGGUGAAGAAAAUUAAGGACAUAACUAUCAAGACGGACGGCGUUACUUAUUGCUUCUCAGAUGGUAUCGGGAAAAUAUCGCAAGAUUUUGCCCGCAGUAUAGCGGGUGCCUGUUGUCCGUCUGGAAGAGUCCCCUCGGCUUUCCAAAUCCGUUAUGGAGGUUACAAAGGAGUGGUUGCGGUCGAUCCUCGUGCCUCAUCUUCGUUCAAGUUGUAUCUUAGACCUAGUAUGCACAAAUUUGACUCUCCCCACAUGAGUCUAGAGGUUCUUGACUGGACCCGUGUCUUGCCCUGCUUUCUGAACCGUCAGGUCAUAUGCCUGUUGUCGACUUUGGGAGUGAAAGACCUAUCGUUCAUACAUCUGCAGAGUCAGAUGAUUUCAGAAUUGGAGAAGGUGGUGGAAGAGGAGGGUGGCCAUGUGGCCAGGAGAGUCCUUGGCUGUAGAGAAAAUAGAGCCGGUUCGAUCGCUCUACAAAUGCUUGAAAACGGAUACACAGCGAAGACUGAGCCUCUGUUGAAGCGACUGCUGUGUGUGUUCAGAGAAGCCGAACUGCAGGAAUUGAAGACCAAAGCAAAGAUAUUUGUGCCCAAGGGAAGGUGUCUGAUGGGCUGUCUUGAUGAAACCAAGACUCUCAAGUAUGGGGAAGUUUUUGUCCAGAUAUCUGCAGCCUCGAAAGUUGGCGAUAUGGGGCAUCAUGCCCAAGGGCUUCACGAGGACACCUGUAUUGUGACUUCGAAGGUUUUUGUCGCCAAAAAUCCUUGUUUACAUCCAGGAGAUGUGAGGGUGCUGCAAGCAGUCGAUGUUGCGAAUCUACAUCACAUGGUGAACUGUGUUGUGUUCCCUCAGCUCGGUCCAAAACCUCAUCCGCAUGAGUGCUCUGGAAGCGAUCUGGAUGGUGAUAUUUACAUGGUGAGCUGGGAUGCGAGUUUGAUUCCGCCAACUGUAGAAGUCCCCAUGGACUAUUCACCACCUGCAGCAACCAGUCUCGAUCACCCUGUCACAAUUGAGGAGAUACAGGAUUUUUUCUUGAAUUAUAUGACGAAUGAUAACUUGGGUAUCAUCGCAAAUGCUCAUGUUGUCCAUGCUGACAAGGAGAUCGAUAAGGCUCGCAGUGAAAAGUGCUACGAGCUCGCUCAUCUUGCCUCCCUAGCGGUCGACUACCCUAAGACAGGAGUACCGGCCCGUAUACCGAUGGGACUUCGGCCCAGGGAGUAUCCAGAUUUUAUGGAGAAGGAACAUAAGGUAACAUAUAUAUCCAGCGGCAUAUUAGGGAAGCUGUAUCGAUAUAUAAAGGAUUAUCCUUCGAUCCCCGAAUGCUCGAAAGGCUUCGUCUCUCGUGAUGAUUGUAUUAAGUUCUUUGACAAGGAUCUGAAGAUCUCAGGAUACGAAAAACACAUCGAGAGUGCCUUAUUGCAUAAAAAUAUUUAUGACAUGAAGCUGAUACAGCUGAUGAACCAUUACGGUAUACGGGAUGAAGCGGAGAUCAUGGGUGGUCAUGUGAUAUCUUUAUCGAGAAUUUUUGCGAGAAAGCAGAUGGACGUUCUCCCCAAGGUUCGUAUGGCCUUCGAAGUUUUGAAGCACGAGGCAAGGUCUUGGUUUUAUGCGCGACGUUUGGAAAAGUCGGAAGCUGAUGCAAAGGCCUCAGCUUGGUAUUACGUUACCUACCACGAAGACCACUACGGCUAUGAUGAAAAGUUUUCCAAAGUUACUAAAACUAAAAUCCAUUUAUUGAGUUUUCCUUGGGUAGUUGCGGACUUGCUUUUCGCUUUGAAGCAAAAAACAAAGAAACUAGACGACGGCAUCUUUAGAACAGUAGAAAAGCAUAGGAAGACCCCGAUACCACCUGUAUCUGGUUUUGAAAAAGUUUCAUCCGCACAGGCUGGCCUUCCCAGUAAACGACAGAAACGGUGAUAGGUAGCAACGACGGAUUAGAGAUUUUUUAGCGAUGUAAGGCUUUGACACUUCAGCUGUUAGUGAUGGAAAUGAAU